UUCUCCGUCAUCUUUUCCCCCACUUCCCUAUUAACUCUCUAACUCUCUCUCUCUCUCAGAAAAUGGAUUCCAAUAAAAUAUUAUUAUUUACAGUCCUCCUCCUCACCUCUCAGACCCUCCCGGCGUCGUCGUCGCCGUCUGCUCCGGGAGAUAACCGCCGUACGAUCGCGGAGCUCGAAGUCGACUGUUGCCUCAACUGCAAGCCAAGUACUCCCGGAUUUUCCGCCACCAACAAGAACUACAGCCGCCUCCACCGUGCCCUAGCGACUCCUCCACCGUCGUCGUGCGAGGUCUGGACGACGUCGUUCUCGGAGUCUGUGCUGAGCUUUGCGAAGCAGCCGGAGAACGUGGAGUGGUUGAAGACGAUUAGGCGGAGGAUCCAUGAGCAUCCGGAGCUGGCUUUCGAGGAGGUUGAGACUAGUUGCUUGGUCCGGGCCGAGCUUGAUCGGUUGGACAUCGAUUACCGGUUUCCGCUAGCGACGACCGGUAUAAGGGCCUGGAUCGGAACCGGCCGGCCGCCGUUUGUGGCCGUCAGAGCUGACAUGGAUGCUCUACCUAUUCAGGAAGCUGUGGAAUGGGAGCACAAGAGCAAAGUAGCCGGCAAAAUGCAUGCUUGUGGGCAUGAUGCACAUGUGACCAUGCUCUUAGGUGCUGCCAAGAUCUUGAAGAGCCGUGAACACCUUUUGAAGGGGACUGUAGUAUUGAUAUUUCAACCGGCGGAGGAAGCCGGUAAUGGCGCAAAGAGAAUGAUCGGAGAUGGGGCUCUGGAGAAUGUGGAGGCCAUAUUCGCAGCUCAUGUGUCCCACGAGCACCCCACCGGCAUUAUUGGGUCGAGGUCUGGUCCUUUGCUAGCUGGCUGUGGCUUCUUUAGGGCUGUUAUCACCGGAAGGACUGGCAAUGGCGAAAGCCCUCACAACUCUGUCGACGCUGUUUUGGCAGCUGCGGCGGCCGUGAUCAGCUUACAGGGCAUUGUGUCCCGCGAAGCGAAUCCUCUCGACUCUCAGGUGGUGUCCGUGACAGCCUUUAAUGGAGGUGACAAGCUCGACAUGAUACCCGAUAGUGUUGUAAUUGGGGGAACUCUCAGGGCUUUCUCUAACACAAGCUUCUACCAUCUUAUUCAAAGAAUUGAAGAGGUGAUUGUGGAACAAGCAAGUGUUUACAGAUGCUCGGCAAUGGUGGAUUUCUUCAAAGACCAGAACACCAUAUAUCCCCCGACGGUGAACGACGAGAAGAUGCACGAGCAUGUGAAGAAAGUAGCCACGGAUCUGUUGGGUCCAACGAACUUCAGGGUGGUGCCACCAAUGAUGGGCGCCGAGGACUUCUCCUUCUACUCAGAGGUGAUCCCUGCCGGCUUCUUCUACAUUGGCAUAAGGAACGAGACCUUGGGUUCCUUUCACACAGGACAUUCACCUUAUUUUUUCAUCGAUGAAGAUGUUUUGCCGAUAGGGGCAGCAACUCAUGCCACUAUUGCAGAAAGAUACCUCAACGAACGUAGUUUAUCGUAAACAUCAGGCCCCGGUAGUGCAAAAUGUUGUUCCAUUGGGCAGAAGCAUGAUGUUUAUAUCGAAUGUGCCCUGUAACUUGGUGCUGGAGCUAGGGGGACUAGUACAGGGAAACAGUCUCUUUCAUUUCAUUGGCGUAAAAGGAUGCAGCUAAAGCAUUUUCAGUUAGUCCCUGCUGCAACUUGUGGUACUCAAAUGUUGCAACAAUCAGUAGUUCUGUAAUUGCACCUGCGCAAUAAAGUUCUGUAUAUACUUUUCUUUUAUUCAUCCGUAGGAGAAGUCGAGCCUUGAACUCUCAAAACGAGGAUACAGCUCAUAUUUAGA